CCGAAAAUUUCUCCGUAAAAGUGUAGUGAUAGCACUUGGAGACGAAAUCAACCAUAUAUGUGUGGGCUUUAAGUGUGUGGAAACGAAAAUCCCUUUACGGAAAUACAUGUAGGUGGAUUUAAUAAAAAUUUAUUAAAUUGUUCCUUCAUUGAUUGCUAUAUGCACACUUCUUGGAAACUGAUAUAAUUGAUCAGGGGGAGUUUAUGUUGGAAUUCUGGGAACCCUUGUAUGUGUCACUAUAUAAAAUUCAUAUAAAAAGACAAAUCAUAAAGUACAGUUAUUCACUUAUGAUCGCAAGACUGAGGUAAAUCGAAACCGCGCCCCCUGUUUUCGGGAAGUAUUUCCCUGUUGCAGAAAUGUAUCACACCGUGGCCUAGAUAUCGCCAUUAUACGUAACCAUUAUCUGUAUGACAAUUACACACACCAUAACGCGUAAGAACAGCUUUGCGUAAUCUUUGAAUAGAUGCCAUAAUUUAUACCUAUCAUCAUUCAAACAAGGAAUUACCAAUGAGUUCUACCAAUUUUGAUGCUUCUGCAGAAAUUCGUCCUAAUGGUGAAGGAUUGGACAAGGAGCUUCUAGAGUGCCCCAAAGUUUGUUCGUGUGACUGUCGUAAGUCGUUAAAAACAUUAACAGUAUUAUGUGUAGCUUCAUGUAUCCUCUGUGUCGUCUGCUUGAUAACUGUUGUAACUUUAAUAUGGUUGAACUUCCAUGGAUAUCGACCUCUGUGUGAAUAUAAAAUAGCGUCCGAUAAAGAGGCGCAAAAUCAUCAGCUGGCUUUUCGUGACACAGGUGACAACUUCGAGCUCAGUUUGACUGAUAGACCAUUUGAUCGGGUUGGUAGAGCUGCCAAAGAAGACAAAAAAGAGACUAAGCCAAAAAAAAAGAGGAGACACCGUAAAUGUAAAUGCAAACGUGGAAAAAAGGGGCCAAAGGGUGAUUCCGCUGAUCCACUACAGGCCGCCCACUACAGUUCCAAUUUUGAAAAUUACGAAUCAGAUAAAUUCAAGGAAUACAAGUCGGAUGGUUCAUCGCUCCGCUGUGUAAAAUCUGAUAGUACCACGGUCUGUAGAAAUAGAACAAUAAUUAUACCUAAACCGGAGACCAAUUAUAAGUUUCUACACCCUGCAAAAUGGUUAAAAACUGAAACCAACCCUUUAAUUUUCAAACCGAAAUAUGGCAAGUUUGAAGUGAAGUAUAGUGGAAUAUAUUUGAUCUACAGCACUGUAAGUACGAAUUUUUACGAUGCCAAAACGAAAUUAUGUCACACCAUCAAGGUAAAUGAUAAAGCUAGACUAAUAUGUAUGGAUGGAGUUGAUGCUGUGGAACAUGAUGAUUAUAAAUACAAUAUUAGGCAUAAAACGUGUUCUGUAACAGGCGUACUGCAACUUUCAAAAGGAGACACAAUUGUAUUACAGAACAUGUUGCCUAAUUUAACAAUCGAUAUCUCAAAAGACAGAACAUUUUUCGGUGUGGUUUUAUUAAAUAAACAUAAUGACUAAAGGCACAGGAUGUGUAACGUAAAAUGGCUUCUUGCGAACCUACAAAGAAUUUACACCGCUUUAGCUUAUUUUUGUGGAGGGUUGUUUGAGACGUAUUUCAAAACGAUAUACGAAUAAAUGUAGUAGUUUUGAAAUAAUA